AUGGCCACUCUAACCGAGUCCGAGAUCGAGAAGCUCUUCUCGGGCGCACCCCAGUACUUUGCUCGGUCCGAGGGGCAUUACACGGGUGCACCGCACCCAUCUGUGGCAUUCCCCUGGGACGAGCAGCUCGAGAUUCGAGAUCUCACUGAUCACACCCAGAUCGAGGAUAAGGCCUGGGGUUCCAUUACCGCUUGGCCACACAUCACGCGCGAUGUCAACAGUGACCGGUCUGCCGCCCAGAGGGCUUCGGAAGCGAAGCGGCGAGCCCAUUUCUACCCGCGGUGCCGUGAACGGCCCAACAUGUUGAGCAUGUUUGGCCUCGAGAAGGGAAGUGUGGGCUACCAGGCGGCCCUCGAAUUGGCCGUAGCGGAUGCGCUGCAAGAGCCGCAGUUCGGGUUUGAGGGUCUCGGUGCCAGGCCACCUGCGGUUGUCGAACAACGCCAAAAGAUGCUCACAUCCAAGGACGGUCUUCGGCACGUCGACGAGACGGUGAUCAUGGAGCAGCUAAUUAAGAAUGGGCAGAGGUACAGCGAGCAGCACCCGCGAGAGCGCCGGGCCACGAGUGAGCUGUACAACGAGCUGUUCCUGCAAAUCCUUCAUCCCCCAACAAAAGUGCUCGACCACCGAGACCCCUACAGCCUGGCCGUCCAGAUUCUGGCCCUGGUCAAGGUUCUCGCUGCACCAAACAUGUGGAUCGAUUUCUCCCAUGUGGAAUGGCGAAUUCGGCUUGGCCAGCUGCUGUGGGCAAACCCCGCCGAGGACGAGGUCGAGGAUGGGACGUCCACCAGGACGGGCGAUUCGGCGAGCGACAUCCACGAAGAGCGCUACUGGUUGCUUCUACAAAUUCUGCUGGCCUGCGAGUUGCUCGUCAGAUUAGACGCCAUCACCGAAGGGGAAGAGCUUGGCAUGGAGAGCAUUAGGCCAGCCGAAAUCCACAGGUUUGAGAAAGACGCAAACAAGUCCGUCAAAUGGUCGCUGAUCAUGGCUCGGGUGUGGUUGGAGAACAUUGAAGUCGUCAAGACAGAAGGAAGCGAGCGAACCAACGCCGAAGAGAAACCCUCAGGCUGGCUCGCGACACUGACCAAGCGCAUGUCGCUAACUCGUGACCACGGUGCGCCUAGCCAUCACCAGCGUGCUCCGGCAUACGCGAUAAGGGGGAAACACGUCCACCGUCAGGUUAUUGGGCUGGCGCACUUCGCGAGGCGCCUGCGUUGGCCCGAUUCAGAUUCCUACGUAUCCAAGAUAUCCGAGAACUGCCGUUCCGUUGUGGACGGCACCCCGCUAACUACGCCACUGGCCAGCCCCAGUAGUCGAGCGGAUAGCCAUCGGUCCUCCUAUUUUGGCGCUGCAAAGCCGGAUAUCCAACGCAGAUGCAACCCUUCUCGGCGGAGAAAGAUCGCUGCGGCUCUGCGCCCAUCCGGAUGGCUGUCGAAGAGCUACGUAUCUGGCCUGAUGCUGCCCGGCGAAGGGCUGUGUCAUUUCCUUAUGGCAGCGCUCCUAGAGAACGAUCCAGAGGCUCUGUCGAGACUUGGUCCCGUGGCCAAUCUAUGUGGAGGUUUCGUCUACUCUGGCAAGAGUUUCUGGAGCACUUCCUGCAUUGUUGGGCGCGUGCUUGCUGCGGGCAAGGGUGCGGUGGACUGUAUGGGAUGGAUCUCUAGCGAUGUCAUUCCACAAGCGCUUGGUGAUGGCUGGGUGAACGUUGAAGUCGAGGAAACGCCGGAGGACGCGCUUCAAAUCGACAAAAAAGCUCGUCUUUGGGGGAAAAAGUCAGUUGAGAAGGAGUCCAGCGUUCUCGGGGAUACGGAUCCUACAUCUGUCCUCCCUGCCGACUUUAUUAUCCCGUUUGAGAACAUCUACCGGGACAACGCGCCUCCCACUCUCGACAUUUCGCUGAAGACUUUGAACCUUUUAGCAUCGGCUGAUUCAGUCCAUACUACACCGACUGACGAGUACGGAGUCAACCCCAUGUCGGAUAUCAGCAGAGCUAGCUCUUUUCCACGAAUCCACACCUAUGCUGCGGCCGUAACCUUCACGGUGACGAAUAUCGACUCCGGAGAGGAAAAGGAAUACACAUAUGCUCUGGCGAAAGACAUCAACUUCGUAACAGCCCACCCUUGCGUCCCUUCGCAGCAUGUGAGGAUCAUGAAGUCACCUUCCAGCCCUACCAUUCAACAAGUCGACACCUCUGGCAACGGCGUCUCCGGUAGGGCCGCCAGCAUUACCGGCCAUCCUCUACACAAGUAUUACACGUACACGGCGCUCCACCUGUCCGAGCUUCUCACAAAGCGGGACUUUUCCCUGGAGUCGUUGCUCGGCAGCUACGCAUCCGCUUCCCACCGCCCCAGCCUCACGCCCCCCGCCCCGAACAAUGCAGCUAAGUUGCUGGUAAUCGAUUGCAUUACUGGUUUCAAGCCCCAGCCCCAGGAGCACGAGAUUCCACUGUCGCCCGUGCUGAGCCGAACGGACAGCAACGUCUCUGCGGCUUUUUCGCCUGCCUCGCCCGUGGCGGAGGGUAGUUCUAACAGUGCGAAUAGCGGUGGCGGUGGCCACCUGGCAAGCGCCCUUGAGAGUGCGUCGAGCAAGAUGCACUCGGAGUCAAGGCGGCGGCAGUUUGGGUCCGACAUGGAGAUUCUGGUCAGGGCGUUCUGUGCUGAGAAGGGCUGGAAUGCCAUCAUCAGCAGGCGGAGGAGGGGGUGUUUGGCGUGUGCGAUACGGGAGGCUGGGGCGUUGGGCUGGAAGGUGGUUAUACGUGUAGAUUAG